AUGGAGAAUAACAAAUCUGUUGUACAAGCCGGUGGAACUGAUCUGGCGUUGAUUAGCGACGAGACGCUGCAGACGUUGAUUUUCAUCGACUUCGUCGUGCUGUCGGGCGCCGUCAGCGUCCUCGGCAUCGCCUUCAACAUCAUAAACAUCAUCGUUUUCAACCGGCUCGGCUUCAAGGAGACGACCAACAUCUCGCUCAUGUCCCUCGCCCUGGCCGACCUCUUCGUGCUGAUGAUGAUGGUCGGGUACAGCGUCAUCUACAACCCGCUCCUGGUGGCCGCGGUUCAAAACCAUGAACUCGUCGAGGCGCUGGAUUACCUCGCAGUGGGCUGGCCGCUGCUAUGCUUCAGCAGGGUAUCGGGGUGCCUGACGGCGUUCAUCAACUUCGAGAGGUUCCUCUGCGUGGCGCUGCCGCUCAAGGUCAGGGUCAUCAUCUCGUCGCGGAGAACCAUCGCGGUGUCCGUCGGGAUAAUCACUGUCGUCAUCGCCUGCACGCUUCCUGCGUUCUACGCCACAGGGAUCGGACCGCGCUUCAGCGAGGCGCUGAACAGAACGAACGUCGGGCUGUACUUCAAGCCGGACGGGCGUCUUCUCGAAAAUGUGUACCUAUCCAUCAACGUGUUCUUCCAGCUCGCGUCAUUCGCCUCUGUGGUGAUCUUCACGAUCGGCUUGAUCCAUCAGUUCUGGAAGAAAACAAAAAAGCGGAAUCUGUUGGCCUGGUCGUCGGGCGCGAAAAGCCCCGCUCUGUCCGCACGAGACAAGCGAAUGGUGAAACUGGUCGUUUUGAUAUCAGCCGUUUUCAUCGGUUGCUCGCUUCCCGGAGUGGCCGGAAUCAUCGCCAUGUUUUUCACGGGUGAAUACAGCAGCACGGGACGCUACAAAAACCUCUUCUUCGCCUCGUUCUCAGCGUUUUUUCUGCUGGGGGCUCUGAACUGCUCUGUGACCAUUUUCAUCUACCUGAAGAUGAGCUCGAAAUACAGACUCGUUUUCCAAAGUCUGUUUAAG